AGUUUACUCUUCAGUUGUAAAUUUCGACCAAAUUAUAUAGCGGCAAUUUACAGUGUAAUACGAUCUUAGAUUUAAUUGAUACAAAUUCAGUUUAAGCCAUUCUGAAUUAACUCUCUAACCCAUAUGUGUGCAGCUUUAGUCAUAAGCUGCCUUAGAAAUCACUCAGGCACGACUCCGUUGCCAGCGCAACCACCGACCAGGCAGGCAUUGUUUACUAUUGAACUAUUUAUGUAAGCGAGGCAAAAUGCAUAAGAAAAUCUCACUGGAAGACGCUUUCUACGAAAACCUAACUCUGGGUCUCAUCAAAACCCUAUCAACUGUGCCACGCGUCUGCAAUGUGAGCUUGGAGCGUCGGCAGCCGUUGAAUCCCUGCCAGGUGGUCAACUGGGAGCAGAGGCACUGUGUCUACCUGCCAGAGGAUAUGAAAAAGUUUUACCUAUCCACCGAUGGCUUUGUGCUGCAUUGGAGCUAUCAAUACUCGCCUACCGAUGUGCGCCGUGUCGGCUAUAUACACUUUCCGCACCUGCUGCAGGUGACGCUAUUGCGUGAGAAUAUCGAGACCACUCCACUGGUUACCCCUUCCCCGUCGUCAACAAGUUCGACCAGCUCGGCGCCAGUGACUGCCCCGAUAUCCAAAGACAAAUGGGAUAAUCCCUUGCCCAUCAUUACAGCCAAGACCAAGAUAUUCGAAAUUAACAAUAUCAAUGAAGUGGCCAAGGUUUGCAUGCUGUAUGACUCAACCAGCUCGAAUAAUCCAAAGUUUUAUUUGCUGGAGCUAAACACGCUGACUUGGCAGUUCCUGUCCGAGACGUUCAGCGAGUAUCUCCGCAUGGCCAUUGCGCAUUUGGGCUUGCCCUACUGGGAGCUGUGCUUCUCCAGCUUUGGCCUGCCCUCGUGGACGGAGCAGCUGUUUCUGCUGCUAGCUCCGCAUUUGCUGGAGAAAAACGAACAGAGACGUGGACGCACAAUCAAUCCCGCUUGUGAACAUCCUUACAAUAUUCUCGAUCCGAAUAUCUUUCGCAGCAAACCGAAGGGCACGACCAAAUCCUCAACGAGCAUUGCGAAGUCGCAAAACAAGUGAAGCUUUGGUAGCAAAAAUUGUUAAUUUUUAUUAUGUUAACAAAUGCACAAAGAUCGGGUAAGGAUUUAGAUUGUACCGCAAAAAGAAAUGGCUUAAUAUGAACACAUGACAUAAA